AUGAUUUUUAGUCGCAUCACCUUGUUUGGUAUGGUUUGCUGCUCAUUACAGGUUUGGAAUCCCAGUGCUCCAGUUCGCAGGGGUUGUGCAGGAGCAGGCUGGGAGCAGCAUGCCCUGUGGGGAAAUAGCUCACAAAGCUGUUGCCAUAUGGGAAUUCAUUGCCUGCACACUGAUGGGUGCAGAAUAGGAAGGCUGUGUCUCACUGAAUGUGCCAUGGGAGUCUGCAAAGCCCCGCCAGCAGUUACCAAGCGGAGACGUGAAAUGAUGAAGUCGAGAAAUUUUCCGUUGUCUCUCGUUUUGCUUGGGGCUUUCCUGUCGUUCACAAGGGGAUGGAUGGACUUGGAUGGGAGCAGACGGCCGCUCUCAGACCUGGGGAGGCUGCACCAAGAGGUAUCCGGAAGGUUUGAAGUCACAAGAAGAAAAGUUCUUUAUGGUCAGGAUGGCCUGCAUGCAUCAUGUGAGAAGAAGUACUGCGGCCGAGGGAGUAGGUGUGUGGUGAACAGGGACACCAAGCAGCCUGAGUGCAGGUGUGUAGAAGACUGCAAGUCCAGCUACAUGCCAGUAUGUGGAUCUGAUGGCAAAUUUUAUGAAAAUCACUGUCAGUUACAUCGAGCCUCAUGUCUUCAGAGGAAGAAAAUCUACAUUAUCCACAGCAAGGACUGUUUCUUCAAAGGUGACACGUGCACCAUGGCCAGCUACAGGCGGCUGAAGGGCGUCGUGUUGGAGCUGCAGGCGCAGCGCUCAGCCCCACCGCGCCGCCCAGCCGCCGACAGGGCUGCCCAGAAACGUGCUUUGGUGGAGGAGCUCUUCCAGCACCUGGAUGAAAACAGGGAUGGGCACCUCAGCAGCUCGGAGCUGGCGCAGGUAAUGAAGAAAGAGGAUCUGGAAGAUGAUUUAUUGGAUUGUACGCUGGAAGACCUCCUCCGGUUUGAUGAUUAUAACAACGACGGGCGCCUGACCCUGCAAGAGCUCUACACGGCCUUCCAGGUAGUCCAGCUCACACUGCCCGAGGAGCAGCGGGUCAGCAUCACCACCAUCACAGUGGGCCUCAGCACCAUCCUGACGUGUGGCAUCCGUGGGGCGCUGCGGCCGCCCAUCAUCUGGAAGCGCAACGGCAUCAUCCUCAACUUCCUUGACCUGGAAGACAUCAAUGAUUUUGGAGAAGACGAUUCCCUCUACAUCACCAAGGUAACAACUAUUCACAUGGGCAAUUACACCUGUCAUGCCUACGGCUAUGAAGAGCUGUAUCAGACCCACAUCCUUCAGGUGAAUGUGCCGCCGGUGAUCCGUGUCUACCCUGAGACGCAGGCGCAGGAGCCCGGCGUGUCGGCCAGCCUCAAGUGCCAUGCUGAAGGCAUCCCUAAUCCCCGAAUUACCUGGCUGAAGAACGGCAUGGAUAUCGUGCCAAAACUAUCCAAACAGCUCACGCUCCUAGCAAACGGGAGUGAGCUCCACAUCAGCAGUGUUCGGUAUGAAGACACUGGUGCCUACACCUGCAUUGCUAAAAAUGAAGUGGGAGUGGACGAGGACAUAUCUUCACUUUUCAUAGAAGAUUCCGCAAGAAAGACCCUUGCAAACAUACUGUGGCGAGAGGAAGGCCUGAGCGUCGGGAAUAUGUUCUAUGUCUUUUCUGAUGAUGGGAUCACAGUCCUUCAGCCAAACGAAUGUGAAAUCCAGAGGCACAUCAGGCCCGAGGAGAGGAUCUUCUCCAGUUAUGAGGAGAUCUGUCCCAGAGUGGAAGGGGAAGGCACUCAGUCCUGCCUCUGGGCCUCUGCAGUCAAUGUCCGAGACAAGUAUAUCUAUGUGACACAGCCUAAGCAGAACAGAGUAAUGAUCAUUGACAUCCAGACACAGAAAGCUGUGCAGUCUGUGGACGUGGACCCUUUGCCAACCAAACUGCAUUAUGACAAAUCCCAUGACCAGGUGUGGGUGCUGAGCUGGGGUGAUAUGCAGCGAUCGUCGCCAACACUGCAGGUGAUACCGGAGGCGAGCGCAGGGGAGGAGCAGCGUGUGAUCCGCACGCCGUUCAAAGGAGUGGAUGACUUCUUUAUACCACCUACAAAUCUUAUUAUUAAUCACGUUAGGUUUGGUUUCAUUUAUAACAAAUCAAAACCCACCGUCCGCAAGAUCGACCUGGAAACAGUGACCCACAUCAAGACCAUCAGCUUCAGGAACUACAGCUGCGCACCACAGACCAUGGCCUACACCCACCUGGGGGGAUACUUCCUGGUGCAGUGCAGGGACCAGCGGGGGGCUGCUGCCCCACAGCUCCUCAUCGACAGCGUCACCGAUGCCGUGGUCGGCACCAACGGCGCCGUGCUGGGCACACCUCACAUCUCACCGGAUGGGCGCUUCCUGGUCAGCGCGGAUGGGGAUGGAGGCAGGAUCCAGGUCCAGACUGUGACCGUCCAGGGGGAAAUCAAGCUGAUUUAUGACUUACAAACAAACAUACACGUAUCUGAUCUGACAUUUCAACCCUCUUUCACCGAAGGCAAUCAGUACUAUAUAUAUGCGACUUCACAUUUGCAAACAGAUGUGCUUUUCGUAGAGCUGUCGACAGGGAAAAUGAAUGUACUGAAGAAUUUAAAGGACCCUAUCACAUCCAAAGACUGGCCCUGGAGCAGCUACAACAGAAUUGUGAAAGACAGUGGGUUGUUUGGACAGUAUCUCAUUACACCAGCGAAAGAUUCAUUGUUUGUUAUAAAUGGGAGGCAAAACACGUUACGCUGUGAGGUUUCAGGUAUAAGGAGGGGUAACACAGUGGUCUGGGUUGGGGAGGUAUGA